AUGACUUUCAAUCCUUCCUGGGCCUGUGUAAUAGUUGGUUGUGUUUUUCCUUUUUUAGGAGGAGCAUCAAAUAUCUCAGAUGAGUAUCCCCUUCUGUGGAGAGAGAGCCCUGCUCAGUUCAGUGUAAGGGUAGAAAAUGGAAAGUAUAUCAUUAACCCCUGGAAUUACAUUGAGAGAAUGGGGAUGUAUAAAAUCCUACUGAAUCAGACAGCCAGAUAUUUUGAAAAAUUUGCUCCAGAAAAUGAACAAAAUAUUUUGUGGGGAUUGCCUGUACAUCAUGGAUGGCAGUAUCAUACAGGCAGAUUGGCUGAUCCCACCCAAAGGACAGACUGUGGCCAUGACUCAGGGGAUCACCUGUGCAUCUCUGUGGACAGUUGGUGGGCUGACCUUAAUUAUUAUCUUUCUGCAAUGCCCUUUCUUGCUGCAGUUGACUCUGGCAUAAUGGGGAUUUUAUCAGACAAUGUCGUCCUUCUGCCACCAUCCAAGGAUCAAAUGAAUUUUUGUUAUAAUGUUUCUAGCUGUCAUUCAUCCUUUCCAGAAGCAAUGAAAAUGUGGAAUGAAUUUUACCAGCAUGUAAAGUCACCUUCUAGUAGUUUUGAUGACCUGUUGAAAUACUUAUGGGCUGCCCAUGUUUCAUCCCUGAAGGCUGUUCCUAAAAAAUUUCACAGUAGGUUAAAAUAUUAUUCUAAACACGAAGCAGAUUUUCAAAGAAGCUGGGCUUUAUUUGUGGAUUAUUUAGCUCCACCACUCUUUCCUACAACUUUGAUUAGAGUUUAUGAAUUUCAGAAGGGCAUGCCACCACGAAUACUUGUUAAUGGGGACACAGCUCACUUCAUCAGUGACUUUACUAACUUUCAGAACAUAGUCCUGCUUGCUCUCAAUGUCCUACACAAAGUGCAUAAGUAUACAGGUGAUUAA